AUGACGAGAAGUUCACGUCAAAAGCGCAGCGUAAAGCGACGUGUUAGUAAAGAAUCUAUCAUGUCAAGUGGUUCGUACGCAGAAUCACAAACAACCUCAGAAUAUACAGCAGAUUCAAUGGAUAAACGUGUUGAUAGUAUCCAGCAACAUUACAAUUUCAUCCAACAUAUAUGGCAAAGUUGUUUUUCUGCACCUGUGGAAGAAGCACUUAUGCGGGGAUCAUUUGUGCUAGAUAUUGGAUGUGGCACUGGAAAUUGGCUAAAAGAAAUGGCAAAUGAAUACAAAUGCAGUGAAUUCGUAGGCGUUGAUAUUCUACGUCACCUCACUGCCGAAGUAAAUCAACUCACAAACAUUACUUUUGUACAAUCAAAUGUCUUAGAAUUAUUGCCAUUUGAGGAAAAUCACUUUGAUUACGUUCGAAUAAGUAACAUGAUUCUGUGUUUUCCAGAAAACGAGUGGGGAAAUUUAUUGAAUGAAGUUGCGAGAAUUUUAAAACCGGGAGGAUAUGUUGAAAUAGAAGAACCAGAUUUGGAAAUUUCUAAUCGAGGACCAAUUUUAGAUCAUAUGGUCUCAUGUUGCUUAGAAAUAUACACACAACACGGUAUAAACAGUAAACUUCACACCAGACUAGAACUCUACCUCGCCUCUACAAACCAAUUCACAGAUGUCGAAUGGGACCACAAAAUAUUCUCAUUUUCAUCGUUUAAUGAUAUCCCUGGGUUAUCUUUAGGUGAAGUAUCAUACUAUUUUGUCGGUGAUAUUGCACCCCGAAUUGCUGAAUAUAUGGGUGUCACGGAAAAAGAGCUGAUAUUUAUGUUUGACCAGAUACAGG